CUGCUGUCACCUCCCAGCCUUCCCACCCAUGGAGAGCGCUCCCUGCUGCUGUGGCAGGGGUGGGGACAGCAGUGCCCUGCAGUGCCAGGUGUCCCCAGGAUCACAGUGUGGAUUUGGCUGUGAGCAAAGGUUGGAAAACCUUUGGAUUAUGAAAUCACCCACCCAGCUUCUGCCUGUGCUGGAGCACCAAGUGGAACUGCAUGGAUUGAGGAAAAUCCAGGGGAUAGUGAAGACUGCUGAAGAGGAGGAGCAGCCAGAGCCUUCCUUCUCCCCAGCAGGACAAAGAAAACCCUGGGAAUGAGCUGCUGCCAGCAGGAAUGGUGUGAGGCUGAAGCCCUUGGGGUCGUUGAGCACUGGUGCCCCUUUUGGUUUGAGCAGGAUGGCCUCACCUUCCAGAGGGUUUUGGUCCAGGCCACGGGCUCCGCUCCCAAAGGGGCACAGAUGCAGCAAAUCUCUGUUCCCAGAGUCCAGCAGGUUCCACAGCAGGUGCAGUCUGUGCAGCACGUGUACCCAGCCCAGGUGCAGUAUGUGGAAGGAGGAGAAGCUGUUUAUACCAACGGAACCAUACGAGCUGCCUACUCCUACAGCAGCGAGGCGCAGAUUUACGCCCCCGCCAGCGCCGCGCCCUAUUUCGAAGCGCAGGGAGGAGGAGGAGGAGGAGGAGCUCAGGUGACUACAGCGACAUCCUCUCCUACAGCCAUUCCCUCUCACAACAUGGUGGGCAUCACCAUGGACAUUGGGGGAAGUCAGAUCCUCUCCGGCUCGGGCGCCUAUCUCAUUCAUGGGGGGCUGGAGAACUCUAGACAUUCUCUGUCACACACCUCACGCUCCUCUCCAGCAACGCUUGAAAUGGCGAUUGAAAACCUACAAAAAAAUGAAGGGAUUACAUCACACAAAAGCAGUUUGCUCAACAGCCAUCUGCAGUGGCUGCUGGAUAACUACGAGACAGCAGAAGGUGUCAGCCUGCCCCGGAGCUCCCUGUACAACCAUUACCUGAGGCACUGCCAGGAGCACAAACUGGACCCCGUCAACGCCGCCUCCUUCGGGAAGCUCAUCCGCUCCGUCUUCAUGGGGCUGAGGACCCGGCGCCUGGGCACCAGGGGAAAUUCCAAGUAUCACUACUACGGGAUCCGCCUGAAGCCGGAGUCGCCGCUGAACCGCCUGCAGGAGGACACGCAGUACAUGGCCAUGAGGCAGCAGCCCAUCCACCAGAAGCAAAGGUACAGAGCAGCCCAGAAGAUGGAUGGGAUGGCAGAGAGUGCAUCCAACAGCACCCCCCACACCACCCCCGAGCAGUCAGUGGCUGCUCAGUGCCAGCACCACCAGCAGUUCAUAGAUGUAACCCAUGUCUUUCCUGAGUUCCCAGCCCCUGAUCUUGGCAAUGUCCUCUUACAAGAAGGUUUCACCUUGAACGACGUGAAAACUCUGCAGGUUCUCUACAGGAGGCACUGUGAGGCCACUUUGGAUGUCGUGAUGCACCUCCAGUUCCACUACAUCGAGAAGCUGUGGCAAUCCUUCUGGAGUCCCAAGGCACCCCCUAGUGAUGGCCCCACUGCUCUGCCCUCCAGUGAAGAGGAACCCGAAGGGAGCCUCCCAAAGGACAAACUGAUCACCCUGUGCAAGUACGAGCCCAUCCUCAAGUGGAUGAGGAGCUGUGACCACAUCCUGUACCAGGCCCUGGUGGAGAUCCUCAUCCCUGACGUGCUCAGGCCCGUGCCCAGCACGCUGACCCAGGCAAUCCGGAACUUUGCCAAGAGCUUGGAAGGGUGGCUGAUGAAUGCCAUGAGUGACUUCCCCCCGCAGGUCGUGCAGACCAAGGUGGGGGUGGUGAGUGCCUUUGCCCAGACCCUGCGCAGGUACACGUCCCUGAACCACCUGGCGCAGGCGGCGCGCGCCGUGCUGCAGAACACGUCCCAGAUCAACCAGAUGCUCAGCGACCUCAACCGCGUGGACUUCGCCAACGUGCAGGAGCAGGCCUCGUGGGUGUGCCAGUGUGAGGAGGGCAUGGUACAGAAGCUGGAGCAGGAUUUCAAGCUGACUCUGCAGCAGCAGAGCUCCCUGGACCAGUGGGCCAGCUGGCUGGACAAUGUGGUCACUCAAGUGCUGAAGCAUCACGAGGGCAGCCCCAGCUUCCCCAAGGCAGCCAGGCAGUUCCUAUUGAAGUGGUCUUUCUACAGCUCCAUGGUGAUCCGGGACCUCACCCUGCGCAGCGCCGCCAGCUUUGGCUCCUUCCACCUGAUCCGCCUGCUCUACGACGAGUACAUGUUCUACCUGGUGGAGCAUCGUGUGGCCCAGGCAACAGGGGAGACCCCAAUUGCUGUCAUGGGAGAGGUGAGAGCCCUUUGUUCCCCACAAACCAACCCAAAAGAAGCAGCUCCUCAAAAGACACCGCUGGUUCACAAAGCGCACUGCACCCUCGGCUUGUUUUACAACAAAAAUUAUUUAUUGAGUUGUUUUGGCACAAGGAUAGAGCUCAUGGAGCAUCUUCCCUGUGCUGGGGGGCUUGGGGUUUGGGGGGGUUGAGCAUCAUUUGGGCUUUGGAGGCCUGCAGGAGGGAGGGAAGGAUCUCCCCCCUUCUCUGCACCACCUGGGACUGCCAGCCCUGACUUUGAGACCCCCAAAAGGCAAAGUGGGAGUGAUGGACAGGGCAAAGUCCAUCAAAACCGAGCAAAAACGGUCCAGAAGUUGCUUUCAGCAACUGAACUUCUGCAGGCCUUUACAAGCUCCAGCAUUACACACACAGUCAGCCACUCCCUCCAUUUUUGAGGUGAAGAAG